AUGUCGCGCCGGAACGGCGUCCCCGCCACGCCGCGGGUCAUAUCCCCCAGCCCGACGCCCUCGGAGCGCCUCGAGGACGCGGCUUCGUCGCAAGACACAUACUCUGCCCCGGUGACGCGAUCAUCGGUGAGGAAAAGAGUCAGCACGCCGCAGCCCGUCGAGGAACACUUGGAUGAAGAUGAGCAAGACGAAGGGCCAGACCUCCGGAGGGCCCGGACCAGGAGUCGGAGCCCCAUGGCCUCGCGCAGGCUCUCCGGCCUGACGGCCAUACCCACGCUUACUCCCAAGACCAAGACGACCCCGAAGAAGGCAUCAUCAGCAGGCGACGUUCCCGCAAACGGCAACAUCGUCGCGUCCAACGGCCACUUGUCGCCAGCAUCGGCAAUAUCUCCGGGUUGGAGCUGGCGCGACUUCAGUCGGAGUCCGAGCCCGCUUGGCCUGAUCCCGAUCCACCGCCACUGGCGAAACUUUGUCCACCGGCACGAGGUGCCGCGCAAGCUCUUGCACGUUUCCAUCGGAUUUCUUGUCAUAUGGCUCUACGCGUCCGGGGUCCAGACCCGGUCCGUCGCUCCCUACCUCAUGGGCGCGCUCAUCCCCAUCGCCGCGACCGACUACGUGCGGCACCACUAUGCGCCUUUCAACCGGCUGUACGUGCGCGUGCUCGGCGCCCUGAUGCGCGAGAGCGAGUUCUCGGGGUACAACGGCGUCAUCUUCUACCUGCUCGGGGCCUGGAUCGUGCUCUACUUCUUCCCCAAGGACGUGGGCGUCAUGAGCACCCUGCUGCUCAGCUGGUGCGACACGGCCGCCAGCACCUUUGGCCGUCUCUACGGGCGGUACACGCCGCGCAUCCGCCGCGGCAAGUCCCUCGCCGGAUCCUCGGCCGCGUUCCUGGUCGGUGUAGCGACUGCCACCUGGUUCUGGGGGUGGCUCGUGCCCACCAUCGGCCCCAUGCCUGGCGACGAGGGCUUCAUGUUCACCGGCGUCCUCCGGCUGCCCCAAUUCGCCGCCAAUGCCAUGGGCCUGGCCCGAGGCCCUGCUAUCUCGGGCGCCCUCGCCCUGGGAGUGAUGAGCCUGUGGUCCGGGUUUGUGGCUGCCGCCAGCGAGGUGGUGGACAUCUUUGGCUGGGACGACAACCUGACCAUCCCGGUGCUGAGCGGCAUAGGAAUCUGGGGUUUCCUGAAGGUCUUUGGUUAA